AUGGCCUCCGAGUUUGGGAAGCUGCCAGAAUUGAAGUCUAUUCGUAUUCAUACUCCAGAGCAAAGGUCUCUUUUAGGCGUCCCAUUCGCUUUGACUAUCUCCGCAUUGUUAACCACAAUCCUUCGCCUAUACUCGAGGAAACUCAAGAAGAAAAACUUUCGCACAGAUGACUGGUUUUGUUCCCUAACCAUGCUGCAAGCGACUACAGUCCUGCUCUGGAUCAUUUCAAUAUCCGCUCUGCAGAUAUCAAUUCUCACAUUCUACCUCAGCACCUUCGGCGUCUAUAAGACCUUACGCCGCAUCUGCUAUGGCAUGAUAGCCGUUGUUGUCGCAUGGUGGAUCGCCACGACCUGCAGCUACCUCUUCAGCUGCAACCCAGCCCGCAAGCUCUGGAACCCGUUUAUACCUGGAAAAUGCGAAAUAUGUGUUGCCCUCUGCAGCAGUGUUUUUGCAGUGCACAUCGCACUGGACAUUGCCAUACUAGUCAUACCGAUACACAGGACAUGGAAAUUACAGAUGUCCCGCUCAAGCAAGGCGUUAGUGACAUUCUUGCUCUUGCUAGGUCUAUUUGCCACGAUGUGCGCUGCCAUCCGCCUUCAAUGCCUUUUCAAGAUCCUCCCCGGCACCCCUGACAAAACGGACUACUGGCGCGCCGUCCUUCUCCAAUCGUGCGAGAUUCCCGUCGGCAUCAUCUGUACAUGUGUGCCUACGUUGCGGCCCGUCGCUAAGCAGAUAGCGCGCUCGAAGUUCGCCACAGGCUUCCUCUCGCUCUUCCCGGCAUCCGCACGUACCAAAGAGCCCAUCUCCAAUGAAUACCGACCAGAUACAAGGUACAAGCCCUCUCCAUCCGUCGAAGCAAAACCCUAUAGCAGAUCAAUAUCAUCGGAGAUUACAGGUGUCAAUAAUCUAUCCUCGGAGGCCAUAGUUUGACUCAUUUACUGGAUACCAGACGGGCCGUUCCAAUCAAUAAGCG